AUGGAGGUAGUUGAACCUAGAACUGUUUUGAUCAUGCCCAUAGGGUAUGAGGUAGAUGGAAAUGCACUUGAUGCAUAUGCUUCACACCUGUUGAGUAAACCGAUAGAUGAGAAGGAAGAGAGGUUCGGUACUUACAAAGAGAAAGACUUAGACCUACACAAGAAAUUCACUGAGCCAACAAAGAAGAGGAAAGUCAGAAAGGAAGUUGAAGAGCUUGUUGAACAAAUGGGAAUAUCCAAAGAAGUUGUGCAAAGGUCUAGGGAUCAAAAUAUGCUGAAGGAGGAGGACAUGGAAAAUCCUAAGAAGACAAAAUCAGUCUCUACUCCUCCCAAACAAUCCAAGCCAAGGCAAUCCCAGUCUGCACCUACUUCUGGUGUUCAGAAGCCUAUCCUUCUACCUAAGCCACAAGCCAAGCCAACCGGUCGAGUUGAGAAGAGGAAGAAGGAGAAGCCACAAAGAGAAUAUGUUGAAGCCAUUGCUAAGGAUAUAGAAACUGAGUCUGAUGAAGUGGUGAAAGAGGUAAAGAAGAUAGCUACCUAUGCUAGGGUAGUGAGGAAACCUCAAUCUGGUGGAGCCCAGUCGACCAAGAAACCAAGAACUGAAGUUGAGCCAUCUGGUAGAGCCAGAGCGAACAAGAAGCAAAAAUUUGAAUUGGAUGAAGAUCUGAAAUCUGGCAAAGUUAAAGUUGAUGUUGAUCAAAGGGUUGAUAACUCCGGUGAAGCUAAACAGGCUCCUUCGGUGAUAGAAGUUGUUUCAGAAAAGGCAGUUGAGGAGACAGUUGAUGCUGAAAAGGGUGAAGAUGAUGGUAAAGAUGUGAGUGCAAAGGUAGUAGGAAAGGAGAAAGGAGAGGAGAAGGAUUAUCAGGCUCCAGUGACAGUGGCAAGAGACACUUUAGCUGAUAAAGGAAAAGAGGUUGCUACUGAUUCAGAUGAUUUUUCUCAAGGGGCCUAUUGA